GCGGUAGCCGCUACUAUAAGUAGGAGCGUCUGUGGAGUCGCUUCUAGCUGCACGUCUCUUUUUCCACCGGACCUGCUUCCUCCGCCCCUCUCCUGUCAGGGCUCUGUGCAUGCCAUCCGCACAGCACCUUUAUAUCCAUCCUGGGAUUAUCAAGAAAGUGGCUUUGUUUCUUGGCGAUUUUGUUCUGUAGAAGCGAAUUGAAUUAAAGCAGCAACCUGCACAUCCCGGAUUACAAAGGAUUUGUGGUAUUUCCUUAGCACCUAGGCUUGUUACUGUGUCCUUCCCCUCCAGCUGGCUCUCUGGAGGGUUGGGUGCUGCUGGGUGCAGCGAGAUGAACAGAUCCUGGAGGGACUCUAUGCUGCUCUUGCUGGUUAUUAUUUGCUGCUUGCAGCUUGAGCUCAGUUGGGUCCAUGGAACAAAGGUACUGUGCGACACAUCCCAGUUUCAAUGUGCUAAUGGGCGCUGUAUAACAUCAGUAUGGCAAUGUGAUGGUGAUGAAGACUGCUCUGAUGGGAGUGAUGAGAGCUCAUGUGUAAAGAAAACUUGUACGGAAUCAGAUUUUGUCUGCAGCAGUGGUCAGUGUGUCCCUAGUCGGUGGGAGUGCGAUGGAGACCCAGACUGUGAGGAUGGAUCUGAUGAGAUCCCCCAGCUGUGCCAUAUGAGGACAUGCAGAGCCACUGAAACAAGUUGUGGUGCUCGUUCAACACAAUGUAUCCCUCUUUCAUGGCAGUGUGAUGGAGAAAAUGACUGUGAUGGUGCAGAAGAUGAAGAGAACUGUGGGAAUAUAACGUGUAGUCCAGCAGAGUUCACUUGCUCAAAUGGACGCUGCAUUUCUAGCAACUUUUUCUGCAACGGCCACAAUGACUGUGGGGAUGGAAGUGAUGAACUAAAUUGCGCUCCUGCUACAUGUGGUGCCCAUGAAUUCCAAUGCAAGAACUCCACCUGUAUCCCUCUCAGUUGGGUAUGUGAUAAUGAUGCAGACUGCGCAGACCAUUCAGAUGAGUCCAUGGAACAGUGUGGUCGCCAACCUCUUCCUCCCCAGAGGUGUGGGAUCAAUGAGAUUCCCUGUGGUUCUGGCGAAUGCAUUCAUAAGAAGUGGCGCUGUGAUGGAGAUCCGGACUGCAAGGACAAGAGCGAUGAGAUCAAUUGCCCUUCCCGUACAUGCCAGCCAGACCAGUUUAAAUGUGUGGAUGGAAACUGUAUUCAUGGCUCAAGACAAUGUGAUGGCGUGAGAGACUGUCUUGAUGGCACAGAUGAAAUCAACUGUAAAAAUGUCAAUCAGUGCUCAGGACCUGGUAAAUUCAAGUGCAGAUCUGGCGAAUGCAUCGAAAUGCAUAAGGUUUGCAACCACGAGAGAGAUUGCAAAGACUGGAGUGAUGAGCCUAUAAAGGAAUGUGAUUUGCAUGAAUGUCUGGUGAACAACGGUGGGUGCUCUCAUUUUUGCAGAGAUCUACCUAUUGGGUAUGAAUGCGAUUGUCCAGCUGGUUUUGAGCUGAUUGACCGGAAAACAUGUGGCGAUAUUGAUGAAUGUCAAAACCCUGGUAUCUGUAGCCAGAUUUGUGUGAAUUUGAAGGGAGGCUACAAAUGUGAAUGCAGCAAAGGUUAUCAAAUGGAUCUGUCCACUGGUGUUUGCAAGGCUGUAGGAAGAGAACCUUGUCUAAUAUUCACAAACCGAAGAGAUAUCCGAAAAAUUGGACUUGAAAGAAAAGAAUACAUACAGUUGGUGGAGCAUUUACGGAACACUGUAGCAUUGGAUGCUGAUAUAGAAGGGCAAACUUUAUUCUGGGCAGAUACUAUUCAAAAAGCAAUAUUAAGUGCCUCUGUAGAUACACGUGACAAAGUAGGUAAUCAUGUCAAGGUCAUUGAAAACUUGCACAACCCUUCAGCAAUUGCUGUUGAUUGGAUCUACAAGUCUAUUUACUGGGCAGAUAUUGGAUCAAAGACCAUCUCUGUAUCAAACUUUGUUGGAUCCAAAAAGCGAGUCUUGUUUAAUACAGGCUUGAAGGACCCUGUCUCAAUUGCUGUUGAUCCAAUAGCUGGGUUUAUUUACUGGUCAGAUUGGGGUGAACCUGCCAAAAUUGAGAAAUCAGGAAUGAAUGGAAUAGACAGACAACAGCUGGUGGUAUCGGAUAUUGAGCGGCCAAAUGGAAUAGUGUUAGACAUGGUAAAAAGACGUCUGUAUUGGCUUGAUUCCAAACUGCACACUCUAUCUAGUGUUGAUUUCAGCGGCCAGGAUCGUAGAGUCAUUCUAAAGUCUCAUGAAUUCCUUGCUCAUCCUCUUGCACUUACAAUAUUUGAGGAUCGUGUAUAUUGGAUUGAUGGUGAAAAUGAAGCAAUCUAUGGCGCUAACAAAUUUAAUGGACAAGAACUAACAACUUUGGUAAACAACUUAAAUGAUGCUCAAGACAUCAUUGUGUAUCAUGAACUUAUCCAGCCACCUGGUAAGAACUGGUGCAAUGAAGGUGCUGAAAAUGGAGGCUGUGAAUACCUUUGUUUACCUGCUCCACAAAUAAAUGAGCGAUCUCCUAAAUAUACCUGUGUGUGCCCCAGUGGUUCUGAAUUGUUUGAUGGUCGGAGAUGUAUAGGAGGCGGUAAAAGUACUGUGGACUCUACACACAACCCUACAGGAUUAACCCUUCUAAAACCACUAACAGUUGAUGGUAGUGCAAAUGCAUCUGUUCUUCAAGCAAAUCAGUCUGCCAAAGGGACGUCAGCAGCAUGGGCUAUUCUUCCACUCGUUAUAUUGGCCAUGGCAGCAACUGGAGGAUACCUGAUGUGGCGCAACUGGCAACAAAAGACUAUGAAAAGUAUGAAUUUUGACAAUCCUGUAUAUCUAAAAACAACUGAAGAUGACCUCGCUAUAGAUAUCGGAAGGCACAGUGGAAAUGUGGGGCACACUUACCCAGCAAUAUCGGUUGUAAACACAGAUGACGAUCUUUCCUGAGCUUGGUUAUUCUUGGUUGGCAUUCACCAUUCUCCUUCAGUUUACUACGCUUCAGCAGGACUUAUAUUUUUGGUUCUGGAUGGUAACCAGGCCAGUGGCUGAACAUCUCCCACCCUCCUCCACCCAUGGAUGUAUGUGAAGAGACUAUUUUGUACAAGAUUGUGUGGACAAUGCCUUCAACUGAAACCUCUUGUAAAUAUUUCUUAACAAGCAUUGUUCAGCUCUUGAUAUGGUUACCAUUUAAUUUAUAACCCCCUGAGCCUUUUUUUGUCAGUAUUAAUAUCUCCCUACCCCCACAGGUCAAGUACUGUAUAUAAAGCACUUUCCAUAAGAAGCCAUAUCCCAGGAAUUUAACUUGUGCUAUAUAUAGUGACGUCACAUGUACAUACUUGUAUAGAAAGUUUGUACAUAUACUUAUAAAAACACAAUCACUAUUCUUAAGCACUUUGAACUAUUUCAAUUGUAUAUAUUUGUUUCUGUAAACACUUUGGGUUGUUUGGAUUUUUUUUUUUUUUCCAAAUGGUUGGGGCGAUGGCAAUAGACAAAAAAAACGGGUUAUUCAUAUCAAGUUGCCAAAUAAUUUCUUAACUUAAAUGAAAUUUUGUAUGUGUGAAUGCUGUAAAUGUCUUGACUGACCUUUUUUUAUAGAGGUAUGCAGAGGGCUAUGUCCCCUAGCAAAAGAACCACUGUAGACUUUUUGAGAAUUAAAAAGGAAACCCUGUAUUUAAUUUAA